CUCUCAUCUUGCUUCGUUUAGCAAGACCCUGUUUUCUGCUUUUAUCUUUCCCGGUCCCGAAAGAAACAGCAGAAAACUAAUCUUUCUUCUGUGUUCUCGGCCCUGAACUCUCUUGCGUCACGUCGUGUCUGUUCCUCCUCCCCGUGGCACCGAAAAGCUUCCUCUUCUCCCAGUCGCCGACGCACGGAUUUCAAUUUCCGACCGUUCCAUCAACGUCAUUUUCGCUUGUUCGUAUACGAUAUCCCCAUCUUGGGUUAACUCCUCGGCCGUUACUCCAGAUCGAAAUCAUAAACAAACAGAGCAAAUCAUAUUACCGACACACACCGGCCCGACCCAAACCACCCCUAUCCCUACCUCUUCCUCCGCAACAAGCCGACCACGAAGAAAAGAAUACAAUACAUACAUACAUACUAACAAUCAUGGCCUCGUUCAUGGAAAACCUCUGGACCUCGGUGUUUACCCCAGGUCCCACACCUACUCUCCUAGUCGCGACAAACGUCACCUUCGCCGCCUUGCAGGCUCUUCUCCUCACCCUUCUCCUAGCCACCCACAGCAUCCAUUUUAUCGUUCUGUCCUUCCUCUCGGGCGCGUUAUGGUGGUCAAUCAACUGGUUCGCCGGGGAAUUGAAAGCUGUCCAGGAAGCCGAUCAAGCUGCGUCGGAGAAGGAGUCUGCACGGUCUGAGAGGAUGAGGACACCCGGUGCGAUCGACACGGAGAGUGAUACCGAGACGGAAACCUACUCGACAAAGGGGAAGAAGCAUACCAGCACGGCCUCUGCUUCGAAGUCGUCGGCCACCGCUGCUGCUGCUGGUGCUACCCUGCAGCCGCCAGAGCAGGGCGAAGCCCGGAAGAGACUCAGCGUUAGCGGUGAGAGCUCUUCGGGCUAUGUGAGUACCGAUAGUGAGUGGGAGAAGGUGGACGAGAGUAAUACUGCAUGAAGCUGCUUUCCGGUUUAUUGUCGUGAUGUUUUUACAGCCCAGUAGGACGUUCUUGUUCUUUGAUUCAACACGGAGGUCAUUAGUCCGGACUCAUUCUGUCUAUAUUUGCCUGCCAUUUAGCUUAGCGGUUAGUGAUACCAUAGAAGCACGCAUGAUGCUUGGUAGAUAGGGUGUUGGCAAGAGAAAUUGAUUACCUAUCUGCAUACGAGUAUGUACUUUGAUCA